GACAUUCACUUUGCUUUAUUUUUUUUGUGAUUAACAAAAAUUAGUUUACAAUUAUGCGAAGAAGAGCUGUAGGAUAUGCAAAUGCAAAAUAUAAAGAAAGGAUUGAUCGAGGUUUUCAACAAAUUGGUGAUUCUAUUGCAGCUAAAGAACUAGAACAACUUCAAAAACAAAUGGACAUUUUUAAAACUAAUCUCCAAGAAUUUGCUCAUAAACAUCGUAAAGACAUUCGAAAGGAACCUACAUUCAGAGCUCAUUUCCAGAGAAUGUGUACAAAUAUUGGUGUUGAUCCUUUAGCAUCCAACAAAGGGUUUUGGGCUGAUUUAUUAGGUGUGGGUGAUUUUUACUAUGAAUUGGGUAUUCAGAUUAUUGAAGCCUGCAUUACAAGUAGGGCAAAUGAUGGCGGAUUAACAGAACUGAAUGAUAUUAUGAGACGUGUAGAAAAGAUACGAGGUACGGAUAAUUCCAAUAAGAAACAACAAAUUACCGAAGAUGAUAUUGUUCGAGCUAUCAAGACUUUAAAGCCUUUAAGUGGUGGUUAUGAAGUAUUACAAAUUGGUAACAAGAAAAUGGUGAGAUCAGUGCCAAAAGAAUUAGAUAAAGACCAAUCUGCAUUACUGUUAUUAGCACAGAAAACAGGCUAUGUUGACUAUGAUAUGAUUAAAAUGGAAUUGGGAUGGAAUUUAGAAAGAAUAAAUACAGCUACAAGACAUUUGCUACAAGAUGGCAUUGCAUGGUUAGAUAAAUAUGGUGAACAUGAAUCUUAUUGGAUACCCAGUUAUUACUGUUUAGAUAACAAUAAUGGAGAAUAAAUCUACACUUUAGAAUUUUUAUACCAUGCUUUGUAGGUGGUUUCUGUGUUUAUACACUUUUCCAUGAUAAGUUUUUUUUUUUGUUUCUUAUAUAAAGACUUUAUAGUACUUUAAUUUUGAAUGACC